AUGGCUCCAGAACUAGGGCAUUACACGGACAAGGUAUUCUGUGAGGUUCCGGUGGUUGAAUACUUGUCAAAGGAAAGAGGGAGCCUCCGGUUCUGCGGCGGAUGCAAAGGCUUUCUCAUAGUCGAGAUGCUCCGCCUGUUGCUUACUGGAAGUGCUCUGCCAAGCAUGGCAACCGACAGCCAAACCCAAGAUUACUUGUGGUUUAGAUUAGGCCCUGGUCGUUUCCCAGGCCUCAAGCGCAUGCGCAGACUCUUUAGCAAGAUACUGUCGCAUGUCGAGACCGAGCUAACGCGCGGCUUGUGCCAUGCGCUUGGAGAACAGGAGAUCAGCACAGUCAUAUGGCUCGACCACAAAGAGACUUUGCAGCAACAUCUCGAAUCCCUUGAAACUACUAUGACAAAUGAUACCGACGCCUGGCUAUGGAUCAAGCGAUUUGGAACCGAGACAGAUAACGGCGGCGAACGAGAGCGACAGGAUGACACUCCACGCCAAGUGCUGGUACAUGAUUCGGAGCUUCUGGAGAAGCUAUUUUCAGCCCUCGAUGCUCUCCAGCUUGACCAUACGGCGGUGUUCCAGGCAUCUCUUACACUUGCUGAGGCUGAAACCAAACGCGGCCUCGCCAAGGCGCAUCAAGAUUUUGCUCGUUCCCUUGAUUCUUGGAGGAGAGCUGAAGAACAGCUGAGGACGGCGGACCUGAAGGUCAAAUCGGCCGAGGCAUUGCUUAGACAAGAGGAGGUUAUUUUUCAUGAGAACGUGAACACAUUAGUAGAGACAAGGCUGGAAGAAUGA